AUGGCAGCCAGACCUGGGCUUACCAUCAAGAACGAGUUUGGCGGGAAAAGCAAAAGCGAUAGCUACGACGCCGGUGAAAGUGUUCACUCGAAAUUGAAGCUGUGGGUGCAUCUUUCUUGCUGCCUUUCUCGAAGAUUUCUCAUUCUCACUGGUACCAAGGGCGUGGUGCGAGUGUUGAACGCUGACCCUGCUCUUGGUGAUGUUGGCGCUCCAGUGUAUACGUACUUGACCAACUUUCCUAUACGUUGUGUGUCUGUUGCACCCAAAGAAAACCUCGUGGCGUGUGGGAUCACCGCAAGAGAACGAAUGUCAGGAAAACAGCAGCCGUUCAUCAUUCUCCACCAGCUUGAGAUGGAGCUGCUGCACAAAGUCACGGCCGUGCACCCUCUCACCAUCACAGUGCCUUACCGGGAUCCUUUGAAAGUGAUUUCCUUCAAUUCGUCAUCUACCCAUCUCAUUUGCUGCACAGUAUACGAAAUGCGCUACUUCAUCAUUCGUCUCAGAGCUACAGCUACCAGUGUAUGCAAGAAGCCCAUCCUCCUAUGGUCAGACAUGCGGGUUGCCUCGAGACAAAAGUUCACCGAUGAGAUGCCUGGCGACAGAAGCUACGACGCCAACGUCGAUGAUCAGAUGAUGGACAGCGAGGGCAUCACAGACAUCAAGUUUGGUCUCCCUGGAACCAAUACCAUUGCCAUCACAAACUCAUCGUGGAAUAGCCGUCCCUCCUUGCUUGUGAAGCUUGAAGGUCCUCCAAUUGACACCCUAGGUGGCACUCCCUCAAAUAUUUCUUCCGACCUCUUGAGCAAAGAAGAAGGAGAUGAGGGCGAUGACGAAGGAGAGCUGCAGAUCACCGACUACGACGUGAUGUUGAAAGUGCCCGAGAUCGGCUCCUCCAUCUACAGAGUACAGUUCUCCCCACGUGGCGACAGUAUCCUCUUCUUGGAUAAGUCAGGCAGGCUCUUUCUUGUUUCCACUCCCAAUGCUCGAACGAGCUCAAGAUCACAGACAAAAAAAAUCAUUGUUCUUCUUGGAGAGGCUGCCAAUGCAGUGAGACCAAAUGAAGCCGCCUCAAUGGCGUACUCGUCAGAUGGCGGUAAAAUCUUUGUGGUGGACAGAAGGGGCCUCUUUCAGAUCUUUGACUUCACCAAAGGCAUUCCAGGUAAAGAUCCCGACGUGAUCAAGUGCAAGAUUGUCAGUGUUUAG